AUGGGAGAACCACAUUCCACAGAGGAACCGUGCAUUCUGCCAACAGCUGACAUUUCAAGUCUCGGCGAACAUAUCUCCCUGUUACCGCCGCUGUCCCGGAGAGGGUACGGUCCUGGACUGAUCCUCAUUCUCCCAGAAUGGACUCCAACGUAUUCGCAAGGUGGUGCAGUCUGCGAAGAUGGCGUCCCGCCCCCUCUGUUGAAAUGGGCAGAAGAAGGAUUUGCUGUCGUAGAGAUUCGAGAACCAGCGUUCAAAGAGCAAAGCGUGGAAAAGGAAGUCCUUGAGAAAGCCGUCACUGCUCUUGAAGCGUGCGAACAAUGUCGCGCGGAAGGUGGAAUCGGCUUGAUAGUCUACGAUGCUUCGAUCUGGAAUAAAACUGUGAGCACGGUUGCUUUCGACUCGAGAAUCAAAGCCGCUGUUGUUUACGGAGCCACGACUGAAGCACCCCUCGCAUCAGCUUCGAUUCCACGUCUCGGGCACCUCGCAGGGACGGACAAAGUUGAACCCGAGAAUGGCACCGACUCAAAGAUAUACAAGUAUCCAAUGGUCAAAUCAUCACGAUUUCCGAUCCCAUGCCUGGAAGAGUUUGAUAGCACCAUUGAAUCCGUCGCGCACACACGAAAUUUGAUAUUCCUCAAGAAAUACAUCCACGGCGCCGACUUUGAUCUCGAGGCCAUUUGGGACGAACACACCUAUUUUGAAUUCGAGGAUCGCAAUGUGAACAAAACUAUGGCUACGAUGGUGCAGGAGCCUUAUGUCAACCAUAUUACCACGAUGACUGGCGGCAUUGGACGAGAAAGACUGACCAACUUUUACCGACAUCAUUUCAUAUUCAAUAAUCCCCAAAAUACGGAGAUGGUCCUCGUCAGUCGCACAAUAGGUAUCGAUCGGGUCGUUGAUGAAUUCAUCUUCAAAUUCACACAUGAUCGGGAGAUUGACUGGCUUGUCCCUGGUAUUCCUCCCACGGGGAAAGAAGUAGCGGUCCCAUUUACAGCCGUGGUGUGCGUCCGUGGUGAUCGAUUGUAUCACGAGCACAUUUCCUGGGAUCAGGCGUCUGUGUUGAUUCAAUUGGGCUUGAUGCCGGAGUACUUGACGUACCCGCAUCCAAUGCCAGACGGGACGAAACCAGCGCCAGGCAAGAAGUUUGAAUAUAGAGUGCCGGCGGCCGGGGCAGAACUGUCGGUUAAGAUGCUCGAUAAGCAUAAGGUACCGUCGAACGGGAUGUUUGAAUAUAGGAUUCGAGAGGUAGACUUGUGA